AUGCCCAAGGUGAAAUAUCUUGGUCACAAGGUAUCGCACGAUGGACUGAAAACGAAUCCGAAGGAUUUGUCGGCGUUGACGGAUCUCGAGUUUCCCGGAUCCCUGUGUGCCAUGCAAUCCUUUUUGGGCAGCCUGAACUAUUAUAGUCGCUUCAUCAAAGAUUAUGCGAUCUACGCGUCUGUGCUACAUGAGUUGAGGGGGAUCGACUAUGCUGCGAUGGAGAAGGGCAUGAAUCGAAGCCGGAUCCAGCUAGCGUUAGCGUCGGAAUCCCCGGAUCCGGACAUUUUGACUAAGGAUCCGACGAGUCCGCAACCCUCGGAUCCGGGUCUGCGGGGUCUGGAUCCCGAACGUAGCGAGCAAGAUCCGAACCUAAUCCCCGGUGCACAGAUAUUUCAAGGUGCUAAAGGAGAAGAUCGCGAAGACGCCGAUCUUACGUCACUUGUUCCGGAUCGGCAAGCUGUGGUAGUUGUAUAUGACAGUGAUUGGGCAGUCUCCGGUGCAUUGAUGCAAGAGUAUGAUCAGACCUACUACCCAGUGAUGUUCGCUAGCCGUACGUUGAAGUCCAACGAAUUGAAUACGGAAUCGCGGAGAAAGAGUUGGGAGAUCAAUCCGAGUGUUGACGCGGCAUUCGACACUGGCCUGGUUAUUCAUAUCCAAUGCAUUACAAGGACGCCUGGGACAGUGGGCCGCGCUACUUUCACCCUGGAUCCUCGAGAUUGUAACAAGGGCGAGGACGAGAUCCUGGGCACAUUAGCAGCCAGUAUCACUCCCAGAUCCGAAUUCGACAAAGCGCUGAUCUUGAUCGCCCCGAAGAAGGAGCCGAGACGCAAGCUCCAAGCCCCGAUCCCGACGGUGAGAUCGGAUGAGGAUCUGUAUGUUGCUAGCUUCGAUGGAUCCGCCCGUGUCAAGCGAGGUGGAGGCGCCUACAGCGCGAUCCUGUGGAAAUUACCUGAUUGGACUGUGGUGAAGGCCAGAUCCGACUAUACCAAGGGUUUAACUGUCAAUGAGGCCGAAUAUCACGGCCGUUUGCUAUGUCUUGACUUGCUGGAAGGAACGGAUCCGCUACGAUUGGUGAUCUGUGGCGACUCAAACCUGGAGAUCCGCCAAGUUAGAUGUGAGAUAGACUGCAAGGCUCCUGGAUUGACGUUAUUAAGACAAAAGGCGUUGGACGGAUUGCGGAUCCGGUCGGAUCAUGAGUUGGUACAUGUGAAACGGGACUGGAACGGAAGUGCAGAUAGCCUGGCUAGUGCGGCAUUGCAACGACAAGGUGGAAUCGAAGUCGAAACCGAUAGUGAGAUCCAGGAUCUGAUCACGUUGAACCGACUGGACGCGAUAUUGUUGGUGAAAUCCGAAGAUCCGGCAAUCGAAGGCCAGAUCCGGUAUGAGAUCAGGAUCCAACCCCCCAGUAUUGUGCGAGGAAGUGAUCAGAGAGCUCAGGAUCGAGCGGAUCCGACAGACACAGGACGAGGAGGCGUGGAUCCACAAUUUGAAGAGGUAUUUGGUGCCAGCGAGGUGAUCCGCCAUGAUCGUGAACCCGGAUUUAUGUCCGAUUUCUUUCGCACGUUUAACAAGAUCCUGGAUCAGCGUCAACGGGCAACAAUGGCAUACAGACCCCAGGCGAGCGGAUCCGCAGAAAGAAUGGCGCAGACCACCACAAGGGCACUUAAGAUGUAUGUCCAGGAUCUGGAUCAGCGAGAUUGGGACGAGUAUGCGGAGCGACUUACAUUCGCGAUCGACACCGCUCGGGAUCGGAUCCGCGGAGAGACGCCGUUUUACAUCGUCCACGGCUGGGAUCCGAGAUCCACAAUAGAAGUGGUGAUCCCGAUGGGAAGUACAAGAAGACAGGAUCGGGAUCCGCGAAGAUGGCGAUAUCGGAUCCAGAGACAUUACCAACAGGCUCGAGAACAAGUGAACCAGCGCUUACGGGAGGCGAUCUCGGAUCGGGCGGAUCAGCACAAUGAUAUAGAGCGCCUGCAUCAAGUCGAGCCCGGAUCCCGAGUCUGGCUAUACUUGAAUCGGGUGCGAGAGGGAUAUGCCAAAAAGCUGGCGCAUCUGUGGCAUGGCCCCUUCCGUGUGACCGAGAAGAUCGGAGAGUAUGCGGUGAAGUGA